AUGUCAACUUUACACGAUGCUGCCAGUCACACGUGGGUGGAAGGUGACUUUGAACAUCCCAAUAAGGGAUUACGUCGCUCAAUCAUCAUUGCCCUUGUUUUCGCUUUCGGACUCUCUACUAUUGCGGUAGCAUUACGCCUUUGGGCAAGGAAAUUGACUGGUAGCAAGUUAUUCUUGGAUGAUUAUCUCAUUCUGGUGGCUUUGCUUUUCAAAUAUGGAUGUUCAAUUGGCGUCACAAUCCUUCUCUGGAAUGGAUUGGGAUCACACAUAACAAUGAUUCCAAAGAAAAACUUGGAAGUUUAUUUCAAAAUUGGAUGGUCCAACUCCAUCGUUUACACCGGCUGCAUCUGUUUCAUUAAACUUUCUAUCCUCGCGCUCUACAGGCGACUGUUCUCGACGAAACAAAUGCUCUUUGGUAUCUAUUUUAUGGGAGUGGUAGUCAUACUUUGGACUGUGAGCAUCUGGGUGGCCGGGGCAUUGAACUGUAUUCCAGUGAAUAGAUUCUGGGAUCCAUCUGUUGAAGGAGCCUGUAUCGAUAUGGGACGAUUCUAUUACGGCAUGCAGAUUCCCAAUAUUGUUUCCGACCUAAUAAUUUUGGUGAUGCCUCUGAAAGUUGUCUGGUCAUUGCCAAUUGCGAAGAGCCAGAAAAUACUUUUGUCUGGUGUUUUCAUUGUUGGUGGAUUAACAUUGAUAUUUGACAUUGUACGAUUGGUUGCCAUGAUUCAUCUGACUCGAGUCGGGCCUGAUAUUACUUACAAUCAAGUGCCAGUGGUUGUCUGGACAUGCAUCGAAGCAGCAGUCGGCAUUGUCGCCGCAUGCUUGCCUAAUCUUCGACCUCUAUUCAAAAUUGAAGGUCGUGGCUUCUGGUCUCAACUUAGAUCUUUCAGCCAUGGAUCGUCCAGGAAAGCUCUUAACACCAGCACUGCCAGUACAUCUGGCAAUAUGAGUAUCCAGAAGGGUCCUAUUGACUCUUGUGUGGCGGAAGAGGGUAUCGAAAUCCACCGGUAUAGCGCCAUAAUUGGAGAUUCUAAGGAGUAA